AUGAGUUCAGAGAAAGAAAAGUUGAAAGCACAAGAAGCUCAACAAAAUAAUCAAUUUAAUGAAGCUCCACCACCAUAUGAACAAUUACAACAACAACAAGCAUAUUCACAGCAAGGAUAUUCACAGCAAGGAUAUGGAAAUUAUCAACAACCGCAACAACAAGGUAAUUCACAAGGUUAUAAUGAAUAUGAUAAACCACCAGCUACAACUCAAGGUUAUGACGUGAAUCAAGAUCCAAAUGUUUAUAAAAUUGCACCUGAUAGAGUUAAUAUAACAAUUGCUCCUCCACAACACGUUCAUCCUCAAUUUCAAGAAUAUAUGGCAAAUGAACCAAUGAGACAAGCAAGAGGUGAUUAUUUACCCCAGAAUAAUCAAUUCAAACAUGGAGCUCCAUUAAAUCGAGGUCAUACUAGUUCAAAUAAACAAAAUAAAGGAUUUCCAGGUAGUUCGGGUGUAACUUAUAAUAAUGCAGCAAAUAGAUAA